AUGGCCAAAACGAGCGCCUUUUGUGGACAGGGUGCUUGCAACAUCUUCGGUUGCAACUGUGACGGCGGCUGUCGCACCGGCGACUGGAGCAGGAGCUUCAAGCAAAGGAAUAAGAACUACGGAAUCGAUGUUUCAACAGUAUCCUGGAUCGCAUUUCCUAUUUAUGUGCAGCCUAUAAAUAAGAGUAGCUCACGGGAUUUUAGUCAGUUCCUGUAUCAUUUUACGAUUGAAACUAAACUUUUCCUGCUUCUCAUCGGGAUGUGCUGUCUGACCAUCGUCAGACAGGCCCGUGCUGAGUGCUGCACUUCCUUUGAAGAAGUGACCUUCGGUAUGGAAAGAGGCAUAUGCGAGGCAGUUGGGGGCAAUCUCGAUGACACCGCCUGCCAAGUGAUCAUCUGUGCGGAUGGGGUGGCGAGGAAGGGCGCCUACUGUGGACGAAGUCCUUGCAACAUUUUCGGUUGCAACUGCGACGGCGGAUGUCUGACUGGCGAUUGGAGCGAAAGUUUCAUGGAAAAGUAUCGGCAAUACGGAAUUAAAAUAAUUGAUAUAUCGCGAUCUCCCUAUUUUUGA